AUGAGGAUAGGGGCGGUUCGGGAGAGUUGGCUUGUUCGGAAUCCGGUACUUCCUCCGGCGAUUCCGGGCUUACUUCGCCGGAGUGGAAAGCCACAGCUCUCGUUUCCACUCCCGAAAAGGUUGUUUCGUGGUGUGGUUCUGGCGGUUCAGGGAGGGAGAGGAUACCAGUCUCCAUGGGAUGAAAAACCCUAUGAAACUCUUCCAACUGGUAAAAGAGUUUACGUUGAUGAAUCUGAUGUCGUGACGUUUCUUGAUCCACCCAAGGAGUUGAUUCCGUUGGACCCUGCUUCAUAUAAUCCAGCUGCUUAUCUCUGGAAAAAGAUUGAAGAUAUCCCGGAAGAGAGGCGCCACCGUUUGCUGCAAUUGGUAGAGCCAAGGCUUAUAUCAAGAGCGUGGGAAAUAGCAGGCGCUCGUUAUGAUGAUCCAAAGUUAGCUAAAAUGACUGCAUCCAAGAUUUUCUCUACUGGAGAUGGUGAAGUUUCACUUGAAUACUUUCACUGCCGAACAAGCCAGGGUCCACUAAUCAUAUCUUGGAUAAAUUCCUUCAGGAUGGCUGUGUUUUCCUCCAACAACGGCCAAAUCUAUGGGCAUGUUUGUGGUGGACCGAUAGUUUCAACCCUCGCCGAUGCUUUCAGUCCACUAUACUUUGAGGUUAAUGAAGCUAUGGAAGUUAUGGCUACAGAAGAGCCGUGCGACAUAGCAUGCACAUUUGGUGAUGGACUCCUUGAUAUCGAAGAUUACCCACAAGGCUUCCCUCGACCAGCGAAGCAUCCGUAUCCAUUCAACGACAGUGUGGUGAUCUACAUACGACAUAUAGGUCCUGGUGUAUGCGUAGGACAGGCGUGGCAAGAAGGUAAAGAGCUGCAACAAGUUCCUCAAAGAUUAUGCUCCGACAUUCUUAUGGUCAAACAAUACAAUUGA